AUGCCUGUAUUUGGCAGAUAUCAACAGGACUUUUUGAAAGGAAGAAGAUUUGGUACCCGAAGUAGAGACUUGAAACCAUGGAUGCUUGCUCUUCUCAUUUUGUUUAUACUGACAGUGAUGGCUGUGACUAUUGGUCUUCUGGUUCAUUUCUUAGAUUCAGGUGAAAAAACAGAAUAUUAUCAUGGAAGCUUUAAAAUUUCACAUCUUCAAAUUAAUAGUCAUUCUAGACAAAAUAACACAUACCAACUUAAGGACUUACGGGAGAUAAGUGAAAACUUGGUAGAUAACGUCUUUGCAGAUUCUACCUUGCAAGAACAUUAUAUCAAGAACCAAGUAAUCAGACUGACACCAGAAGAAGAUGGUGUGAAAGCUGAUGUCAUUAUGGUGUUUCAGUUCCCCUCUGAUGAGCAAAGAAUGAUAAUACAAAAGAAAAUCCAUAGUAUUUUAAAUCAAAAGAUAAGAAACACAAGAGCCUUGUCAAUAAAUGCCUCAUCACUUCAAGUUAAUGCAAUGAGCUCAUCAACAGGAAAGCUAACUAUCCAUGCAUGUUGCGGCAAAAGAAAUGUCCCAUUAAUUGUCAAUCGAAUAAUGUCUGGAGAUCUUGCUGCCAAAGCCGCUUGGCCUUGGCAAGCUUCACUUCAAAGUAACAACAUUCAUCAGUGUGGGGCCACCUUGAUUAGUAACACAUGGCUAGUCACAGCUGCACACUGCUUUAAGUAUAAUGCAAAUCCACGUCAAUGGACUGUUAGCUUUGGAACAACAAUCAACCCUCCAUUAAUGAAAAGAAAUGUCAAAAGAAUUAUUGUCCAUGAGAGAUAUCACUCCCCAGCAAAAGAAUACGACAUUGCUGUUGUGCAAUUCUCACCUAGAGUCACCUUUACUGAUGACAUCCGUCGAGUGUGUUUGCCAGAAGUCUCUGCAUCAUUUCAACCAAAUUCAACAGUUUAUAUCACAGGAUUUGGAGCACUUUACUCUGGUGGGGACUCCCAAAAUGAACUUCGAGAAGCCAGACUACAACUCAUAAGUGAUGAUGUAUGCAAGCAACCACAUGUGUAUGGCAGUGAUAUAAAAUUUGGAAUGUUUUGUGCUGGCUAUCUAGAAGGAAUUUAUGAUGCCUGCAGGGGUGAUUCUGGGGGACCUUUAGUUAUAAAGGAUCUUAAAGAUACCUGGUAUCUCAUUGGAAUUGUGAGCUGGGGAGAUAACUGUGGUCAAAAGAACAAACCUGGGGUCUACACAAAAGUGACUUAUUUUCGAAAAUGGAUCGCUUCAAAAACAGGCCUCUAA